AUGCCUAUGGAUGUUCCUCUGCGGACGCCCCCUGGCGCUGGUGCUGGUGCUGCGCUACGAUACAAGUGCCCUCUCUCGUCAGAUUCGCCUUUCCAUUCAUUGCCUCUUCCAAAAUACAUAAGGACACUUGCCCUCGCCUCUCCCCACGAACUGUCUACUCCCCAGAUCAUCACAAUCACAAUCACAAAGCAUCACAACUGCUUGCACACCAAACCAAACCAUCUACACUACUUCAAAGCCUCACACUUGAACUUUGCUGCUCUAGCACUCAAGCCUAUCUGCUCUCGACCAGCAACCAUCAACCUACUUACACGGGACGCCGCCUUCUACCGUCGUCCACAACACCAAACAUAUCAAGCUCUCACAGCUUUUCAACAAACCCUCACAACCUCACAAUGCCUGCUCAGCGACCUUCUCACCUUCCUCCCUGCCCGGGUCCCCCACCCAGCCGACCUCUUCCUCCUCUGCCCAAAUGAGAGCCGCGCCCGCUCUGAGGAGAUACAUCAUACUCUCUCUCUCCAACUUUGA